AUGACAAUUCUAGCCUUCGCCCCAACUACAUGCCCCAAAAGACCAUCCAAUCUCUACAACGUCCUACGUGUCAAAGAAACCGCUUCUCCGAUCGAGAUAAAAAACGCUUACCGGACGCUUGCAAAGCAGUUCCAUCCUGAUAUAGGAUCCGACGGACGAUAUUUCAUUGAAAUUCGUGAAGCCUACACCACGCUAUCGGAUCCGGUCUCUAGGGCUGCCUACGACCGGUCCAUGGGGCGGGGGAUCCGGUUCGACGCUGGGAGCCGGUCUGGACCGGCGUUGCAGACAAGGAGGUGGGAGACAGAUCAAUGCUGGUAG